AUGCAAAGGUGCCAAGCGUGCCAGUACUUGCCUCCGCACCUCUCCUGCACGGCACACGGCAAGCAGCAGGUGGCGGUCAUCAAGCACAGGCAAGCUGCUGUCGGAGAGGGCAUUUCAAACAUCAUGGAGGUUCGGAUACCAGGCCUUUACCAGAAUGACACUAGUGUGCUUUGGUGCCCAAUGCUUGGCAUGCCGGAUUUGGCUGAUGCUGAAGUCAGCAAUGAGAUGCAGGAGCUCAUUACCCGGAAACCGGUAUGGAAUGAGCAGGUGCAGAGUUUGGUCUUAGAUUUCAAAGGUCGUGUCGCCCUCAGCAAGCGGCCGGUGUGUGAUGUCUUCAUCUGCCCGCGGAAGUGGAUGGACCGUGAGCUAGAUGGUCAGACAACUCAGCUGCAGUCAAAAACUGGCAUAGUUGUUGUAAAGCACAAGCUCGCCGACAUCUCGCAACUCAAUGACAUUACUCUGGCUGCCGGCAUAUGGCAUGCACAGUCGGUUUGCGUGACUCUGCUGCGACGUGGGAAGCAGGGGAAAGCUCGGAAAGAAGAUCAGUCCGAGCGACGACAAGAGGAGUCACGCGCGGAUGAAGAGUCUGUGUUGGUUGACAAGAAAGCUGAUGUUGGCCAGCAGAGCCACCAGCCUGGCAAAGCUCAGAAUCGAAAGGCCGGCGGGCUCCUUUUGCUUUGUGUGACUAGCACCUGUGCCAUCCUGUGCCCUUGCAUCUGCAGUGAGGUGCAAGUCUGCAAGAUGCCGAUGCGUUCUUUUGUACUGGCCACUGCCAUGAACGCGGCUUGUACGGCUGCGAAGUCGAUCUCGAGGUCGGGCUUGAACGGUCAAAGGCCGAAGGAUGCAAAAGAGGCGCUGCAUUGGUACACCUUAGCCGCUGAGAGCGGAAACGCCGAGGCGCAGAACGCUCUGGCCUUGAUGUUGGAGGACGGCGCCGAUGGAGUGGACCAGGACCUGGCAGCCGCUUUAAGGUGGCAUCUGGCAGCGGCGGAGAAGGGAAACGCUGUGUCCCAGUACUGCGCCGCCUGCCUGCUGUCCAGAAGCGGCGAUGUUGAAGCGACCCACAAGUGGCUCCAACUCAGUGCAGACCAGGGCUUCCGGCCUGCAGAGCAAGUUCUGGAGGAGGCUGAGCUCAUGCCUAGAGAUCUCCCAAGCCAAG